AUGCUCCGCCACAAAGUCAUCGCACUGUACAAAGAACUCCUCCAUCUCGGACGCGAGUACCCAGCAGGCCCGUCCUUCUUCCGUGCCCGCCUCCACGCCGCGUUCGCUGCAAACGCCCAUCUACGCGAUGAAGCGGAGAUCCACCGAGCAAUCCAAAAGGCAGAAUAUGUCAAGAGGGAAAUUGAAGCAUUGUGA